CAUAUAAGUGAAACAGAUUCCUUUCUGGGGAUACAGUUGAGAGGACACCUCAUCAGCUACAAGCCCGCUAUUUUACAUUCCAAAAUGUUUGGAAACAAUACAGGGGGUACACAUCCCUCUGGCUAUGAUCUGGGGCCACAGCAGCCCCAGGGCUACCCCUCACAGCAGCCCCAGGGCUACCCCUCACAGCAGCCCCAGGUCUACCCUCCAGGACCAGGGGGAUACCCCAAUACCCAACCUCAGUUUCCCCCGGGACCCAUCUUGCCCCCACCUUGCCCUACCCAGCCCGGAGGAGGGCCCGCAGGCUAUCCUGGUGGUGCUCCAGGUUGCGCCCCUACUGGAUACCCUGAUCACGGCUGCCAUGGGGGAGGGCACAGGCACAGUCCUGACCGCCAAGAACACGGUCAUCAUCAUCAUGGGCACAAACAUGGCCAUGGCCAUCACGGUCAUGGAAGUGGGCAUAGUCACAGUCAUGGUCAUGGUCGUGGACGCGGUCGUGGAAAUAAGCAUGGUCACGGUCAUGGGCAUGGAGGGCAUUGUGGCGGCUCCUGCAGCGGCAGCGACUCUGACUAGGGCGGCGGGGACCUCAAGAGGAGAGAAAGGGAACUGCCGUUCUCAUGGAUCAACAGUACUUAACAAAUCAUUACAUUACAUUGCAUUAUCCUGCCAUUUUUUUCAUUUCAUGUCAUGCCUAUACAGUUGUUUAGUUUUAACUUCACCCUGAAGAACAUAAUAGAACAUAAUCCUAGAAUAACUGCAUGCAGUAUACAAGUGAUUACCAGAAUUAUCAGAAUAAGGCCUAUAUUUUAACAAUAUUGGCCAAUCUCUUACAGUGUUGGUUGGUAACAAGGUCUUUUGAGUAUGUGCUUUAUACAUGGUGUUCUAUAAAGGAAAAUACAUAGUAUAGCUCAUGUAUAAAUAAAAAAACUUCAACUGACAAAUUUAUGUUGGUAUCUACAGAGAGCCAUAUCUUGACCAUUCAUAGAUUUAUGAUAUAGGAAGUAUUGCAUUGGUCAUUCACAGUCAGAUUGUAGUUAGUUUCAGUUUCAUUCUGUUGUAUUAGUACCAUAACUGGUGCUUUGUGGUAACUUAGAAAGGAAUAAUGAGGACAUGCAAGAGUAGGCCUAUUACAAUGUUUAUACCAUUGCUACAUGUAUUAAAAGAUUCUCUCCAGCUUUU